AUGUCCUCCUACACGCUCUGUGCCUCCCCUGCGAGCCUCAAGCCUUACGGCCGCUCCGCAAAGGGUCUGCAGCAGCCUGCGCUCAUCCCGCUUAGCGUUGCCCAGCAGUGCCACGACGUCACCCACCGCAGCCUCGACCUCCUCCAGGAGCCCGCGGAGAAGCCCCGGCUGAGCGGGUCAUUCGAUGUCGGCUGCGAACUCAUUCCGCUCAAUGUCGCCCGCCGCCCACACGUUACAUUCGCGCUGACCGUCCUCUACCUCUCUUUUGAGACAGACUGGCCGACCGAUGGGCGAAGAGGAUGUGCGCGCGCUUGCAACACCCAGGACGACCACCAGGAUGGAUCUUGCUCAGACUGCAAGUCCGGUCCUGUCACUCUGGCGGAGGGUGAUGUCCAUGCUGUCGUUGCGACGUCAUCUGUAUUUACGAGGGCUCGUCGUUUGCGGGGAGAUCGGGCUAGGUAUGUUUGUGAGGGUCUUGCUUUGUUGGUGGAGCGGUGCAAGGAGGGGGUUCAUGAUGAGGAGGCGUACGCAGCGAGAGAGACGGCCGCUCUCUCGCUGCAUGCAUCUUCGCGUUUGCUGGAUAUGCGUACUUCAGAGUUGAUCCUUGCUCACCUUCCCAUCCUUGCGCCUCAUCUCCGUGGUCUAGAAAUUUCGGGGUUUUCGCUGGAAGUCAACAUCACAGCUCGUGGAAAUUCGUGUCCCGUGGACCUUGGUGACUUCUGCCAGACCCUCCAAGAUCAGUGCUCCCAUUUGCUCCUCGUCAACAUCAAUAUAGCCAUUCUGCAUUCUGAUUCGACAGAGGUUUUGCCCUCCACCGCGUUGCAGCCGCUUUACGCUUUUCAUAAUCUGGAAACUCUCUCCAUCGACAGCAGAUAUAAUAUCGCAGUCAACGACGAUGAUAUGAUGUCGAUGGCGCUCGCCUGGCCGCGCCUGCGGGUUCUCUCUUUCCUCCACAUCAGAAGCAAGCCAAGGCCCUUCGUGCCCGCCGUCACCCUCCAGGGUCUUGUGUCCCUGGUUCAAAAUUGCCCUGACCUCGAAGACGUCAUACUGGACAUUGACGCAUCAAAUACUCAGGUCUCCGUGGACGCACGCCCCGGAGGUGGUUCUUCCAACAGCCUCAUCACCCGUUUGAGGACAGGCCCCUCGUCCGUUGCAGGCGAACCAGUCAAGAUGGCGGCAUUCCUAUCAGAUCUCUUUCCACACCUCAAAAGCAUAGACUGCCAGGUCGAGGGCAGCGGAAAUACAGCAUGGGCGGAGGCAGAGCGACACCUUCUGACCUUCACCGCGGUUCGCGUGUGGGCUUUGGAACAUGCAGGACUCGAUUGGCUGCUCGACGACCCAUGA